AUGGUGGCUUUUGGGAAAUAUCUGCAGCGGAAACAAAUUGAGGAAUGGAGCGGCUAUUACAUCAAUUACAAAUUGAUGAAGAAGAAAGUGAAGCAAUAUGCUGAACAAAUACAAGGCGGUUCUCAACAUCCUCGCCAUGUUCUCAAAGAUUUCUCCAGGAUGCUUGAUACUCAGAUUGAGAAAACUGUCCUCUUCAUGUUGGAACAACAAGGGUUGCUUGCAGGGAGACUAGCCGUUUUGAGGGAAACGCAUGAUGCUAUACUUGAGCAGCCUGACAUAUCAAGAAUUGUGGAGCUACGAGAGUCAUACAGAGAAGUUGGACGAGAUCUUCUACAGCUUCUGGUUUUCGUUGAGCUGAAUGCCAUUGGUCUGCGCAAGAUUCUCAAGAAGUUUGACAAACGGUUUGGCUAUAGAUUCGCUGACUAUUACGUGAAAACUCGUGCUGAUCAUCCUUACUCACAGCUUCAGCAAGUCUUUAAGCAUGUGGGUGUAGGAGCUGUUGUUGGGGCAAUCUCUCGCAAUCUUCAUGAGCUUCAAGAAAACGAAGGAAGCUUUUAUUCGAUUUACGACCAACCUGUUCUUCCCCUUCAAGAUCCAGUGGUUGAGGCACUUAAGAACGCGGUGGACAAGUUAACACACUCGACGAAUUUCCUCAACUUCUUGGCGCAGCAUGCUCUUAUCAUGCAAGAUGAUUUGCAGACUCCUUCAGAGGACACCAUCGAUGAACGGACUUACCAUUUUAACUCGUUGCUCCUGAAUUUAGGAAACACAUUUUUGUACAUGGUCAACACAUACAUCAUUGUCCCUACUGCGGAUGACUACUCGAUGAGCCUUGGAGCUGCAGCGACGGUUUGUGGUGUUGUCAUUGGAUCUAUGGCCGUGGCUCAAGUCUUCUCGUCGGUUUAUUUCAGCGCCUGGUCCAACAAAUCUUACUUCAAGCCUCUUGUGUUCAGCAGCAUUGCUCUCUUCAUCGGUAACUUAAUGUAUGCGAUGGCUUAUGAUGCUAAUUCCAUUGCGCUGCUCUUACUUGGCCGUCUCUGUUGUGGGUUGGGAUCAGCAAGAGCUGUGAACAGGAGAUAUAUCAGUGACUGUGUGCCAUUGAGAAUCCGAAUGCAGGCAUCGGCCGGUUUUGUGAGUGCUAGUGCUCUUGGAAUGGCUUGUGGUCCUGCACUCGCCGGUUUACUCCAAGUCAAAUUCAAGAUCUACAAGCUGACAUUUAACCAGUCUACUUUGCCUGGAUGGGUUAUGGCUGUGGCUUGGCUGUUCUAUUUGGUAUGGCUAUGCAUUUCAUUCAAAGAGCCGUUGCGUGACACUGAUGAACAAGAGGAACAAGAACGAGCCAAUGCAAAUGAAACAACAUCAACGACAGAGAGAGAAGAAAAUAGCAGAGUAGUCGAGGAAGGUCUUCGAAAGCCUCUGCUGAUUGCUUCAGGAAUCAAGGUGGAAGAUGAAGAGGAAUGCGAUGAAAGUGAAGAAUCUCCUGAAGAUUCUCGCAGACCAGCAAACUCUUUCGGCGAUGCAUACCGGCUUCUUACUCCAUCUGUUAAGGUUCAACUGUUGAUCUACUUCAUGCUCAAAUACGCCAUGGAGAUAUUGCUCUCGGAGUCUAGUGUCAUCACUUCAUACUACUUUCAUUGGACUACAAGCUCUGUUGCCAUCUUCUUGGCGUGCCUUGGCCUCACGGUGCUACCAAUCAACAUCAUUGUGGGAAGUUACAUCAGUAACAUGUUUGAAGACAGGCAAAUCCUAUUGACAUCAGAGAUCAUCGUCUUCUUCGGGAUUCUCUUCAGUUUCAAUCUGUUUGUUCCAUACACUGUACCUCAAUACGUAAUCUCAGGUCUCGUUAUGUUCGUCGCUGCUGAAGUACUCGAAGGUGUGAAUCUAUCGUUGUUAUCGAGAGUAAUGUCAUCGAGGCUAUCGAAAGGAACAUACAACGGAGGAUUGCUCUCGACGGAAGCUGGAACAUUGGCUCGUGUCGUGGCUGAUGCAACCAUUACAUUGGGAGGUUACUUGGGAAGGAACCAUCUCUUGAAUGCGACUCUUCUACCGUCACUUGUCAUCUGCAUUGGCUCCAUUGUUGCUACUUGUUGUACUUAUAACUCUCUCUAUUGA